CCAUCUCGAAGAUGUACUUCUCAAUAGGUUGGCCACGGGUGCUCAAUAGUGGCCCGCAUCGCAGCAUCCGUAAAGUGGUGUGCGAUCGGGUGAAAAUUUUGUUUGCUGUCCUGGCAGAAAAUGCCAUCGCUAUCUGGUACUCGAAGCCCUGUGUUCCAAUUACGUCCAAAUUGAGAAGCAAGGAAUGUUUGGAAAAGUAUGGCAUCAACACCAAUGUAGAAUGGAAGCCGGAUUCGAGUAUGUUGCUCGUGACGACCGGAAGUACGGCGCAAGGUGGAACCUUGUUUAUGUAUACGUUAAUCGUGAACGAUACGCCGAAGGGUGUCUACAAUCAGAAUGAUUCACCGUUCGCCAACCUGCGCCGGGACAGUGCUGAGUUGUUCUUGAAAGAAACCAUUCCUUGCUUGAAGCUUUCAUUGACGCAUCGUAUUUGUCUUUACGUUCCGAUUUGUUGUGUGUCGUGUAUUAAUGUAAAUCAAAUAGUGGUUGCAACUCAAGAAGGUCGCAUCAUCCGCCUAAACUGGGAGGGCGUUGAAGAGCGUGAUUAUGCACUCGACCUCAAACGAAUCCCUUUUAGCGUUAACCAGCAAGUUAGCUAUGCCGUCCCAAUUUUGGAGAAGAACGUGUAUGUAUCCUCCAUUGAUUAUUCACCGCUGCUUUGCGGAUUCGGUAUCACGUUAAAUGAUGGUCGCGCAGCAUUUCUCACCGCAAACAACACAAAGUUUGAUCCUAACCAAGUACAAGGAAUCUGGUGCCAAAAUGUGGAUGAUGCGACGUGUACCGUCAUCAACCACAAGUAUCGUUUGAUAGCAUUCGGACGAAGAAACUCUCAAACCAACAUGUACGUGAUCGAUGAUCUAACAGGCGGCCUGGAGCUCUCGCAUAAAUUGUCGCUGAGUGCUAAAGAUUUUCCUGGAUCGCCAGGGUACGUGCGAGACAUGAAAUGGACACCCGAUGGAUGUGCUAUCAUAGUGGCCUGGGGCAACGGGGGUAUAUCGCUGUGGAGCACCUUUGGUUCGCUUUUGCUAUGCUCACUUGCCUGGGACUAUGGACUGCACGUGGAUUUGUCCAAGAGCGAUCCGUUCAAUGUUAUCAGUAUGGAUUGGUCAACUGAAGGCUAUCAAUUGCUGAUGGUACGGCAAACAAAUGAGCACUCAACUAAGGUAGAAAAUGGAACAACCGAGGCACCUGAAACGUCGAAUGAGCCAGUAUCUACUCUAGCCACCGUAUUGGUACAGCUAGAUUUUGUCAAGAGCAUUCUAACGAUCAAUCCGUGCAUGAGCAAUAAUUCGUUUUUGUUGUUGCAAGGAGACGAUAAGCUGUACAUCAACCAUGGUGACGUGUUACAAAAUAUCUAUCCUGGCCACAAAUCGAACUAUGAUGCCGCUAACGAAGGCGACAUUUCCUACUCCGGAAAAGCGGACGAAUUUGGCAAAGAUUCUGCUUACAUACCAUCGGGAGAACCGGACCCAAUUAACGUCGGAGGGGACAAUUAUCUGAAAUUUAGCAGCGUUCUUUCCGAAAGCAAACACUGGGUUGUAUUGAAUCUUCCCACUGCUUACAUCUCUUCCAACUGGCCGAUUCGGUACAGUGCAAUAGAUCAUUCCGGAACUAAUGUAGCGGUGGCGGGACGUACCGGUGUGGCACUGUAUUCUUUCAAUACUCGCAAGUGGAAACUGUUUGGAAAUGAAACGCAAGAGAAAGAUUUUGUAAUAACCGGCGGCUUGCUUUGGUGGAAGGAAUUCAUUAUCAUGGGUUGUUACUCACUGAUCGGCUUUCACGACGAGCUGCGCAUCUACUCAAAGGAAAACAAGUUGGACAAUCGAUUUGCUGAGAUUACAAAAAGUGCCAGUCCGGUGAUGCUGAUUAAUCUAUUUCGUGAUCAAUUGGUUGUUUUUACAUCCGACGGUCACGUAUCAGUAUUUGCCCUCAAACAAACCGAGGAGGAUUACAACGGAAAUGACCACCACCGGGUGGAACUGGUAAAGAUGCAUAUUUACGAUAUUAAAAAUGUGUGCAUCCAUCCAGCGUGCGUUAUAUCGGUGCUAAUGACGAGCCUUAAGCACGAAGGUGCCGGAUCCGGAGGUAUGAUGAAACAGAGCAACUAUGAAAACUCUCUCUCGGAAACGUUGAUCAUGAACGUGUCGGGCAGAGUGUUGAUGGUGCAGACGGACCACCAGCAACAUCAUCACGGCAGUGGCAGCGCGAACAAUCAACUAACGUCCACCUGUUUGGCCUCAUCGGUAGAGUGUAUCUGGGUGUCUGAGUCGCACAAGACACACAUUAAAGAAUCUCUAUGGUUGUACUGUGGUGGAUACGGUAUGCGCGUGUGGCUUCCAGUUUUUCCCCGUACGGGUGAAACUGGGUCGCGCAGUUUGCGGCACACCUUCAUGAGCAAGCGGAUCAUGCUAUCUUUCACGCUGAAAAUCUACCCGCUGGUGAUACUGUUCGAGGACGCGAUUAUACUUGGGGCCGAAAAUGACACACUGCUGUAUACAAGCGAUCCGUCGGUUUAUUUUUCGCUGCCAUACAAUGCGCUCAAACGAACGAGCCAAGUCUAUUUGCAUCAGAUUUUGCGCCAGCUAAUUCGUCGCAACCUUGGCUACAAUGCUUGGGAGAUAGCACGAUGCUGUACGAAUCUUCCGUACUUUCCUCACUCGCUCGAGCUGUUACUGCACGAGGUACUGGAGGAGGAAGCCACUAGCAAGGAACCUAUACCGGACGCAUUGUUACCGAGUGUGCUCGAGUUCAUCCAGGAAUUUCCGGUCUAUCUGCAAACGGUUGUACAGUGUGCUCGUAAAACGGAAAUUGCCUUAUGGCCGUACCUAUUCUCGAGCGCUGGCAAACCAAAGGAACUGUUUCAGAAGUGUAUGGCGGCUCGGCAGCUGCAUACCGCGGCAAGCUAUUUGAUUAUCCUACAAAAUCUGGAACCAUCCUCCGUCAGUCGGCAGUAUGCGACGCUUCUAUUAGAUACGGCACUGGAACAGCUCGAUUGGCCGCUAGCAAAAGAUUUGGUACGAUUCCUGCGUGCGAUCGAUCCGAACGAUGUGGAAUCUCCACGUUCAUCGUAUGUGUUUGGCAAUAAGUUCGGUGGAUUGAUUGCUUCCGUUCCACCGGCACCAAAUGCGGAAGAUUUGAGUCUGAUCUUGGGCAGCAGCAUGGCAAGGGGUCGCAGCUUUUCAACUACCAUUCCGUACCCCAAAUCGAAUGAUGGUGCCGCUACGGUGGUAAAUAAAGAGAAGAAUAUCAUGUUCAACAAUCCCGCAGCAGCAGCUGCCUCGCAACAAAGCGGCGGAACCCUGAACUCAGUCAACGAUGCAUCUGGAGAACGACAAAUCUUACGUAGAAAGAAAAGUGUGCCAAAUACUCAAAAAGAAUGCGAUUCGUCAACGGCGGAAGAAUUCUUCAUCGAUGUCGUUUUGCAACGGCACGCGCGAAGAUUCUUGCAACUUCGCAAACUGGAAGAUCUCGGAUAUAUGAGCGCUACGCUAGACUUCCAUCUGGUCGGAUGGUUGAAUCGCGAAAAGGAUCGUGCUGCGCGGAUAGAAGAUUUUGUAACUGCCCUCAAGUCGCUGCACGAUGAGCUUGAUUGGCCAAAACCAUGUCUCGAUCUAACUUUGCUACCGAACCCAAUAGCUCAACCACACCUGCAUUCGGAGUCGUCUCCUUCGCCCUCCUCGAAUCUGUCCAACAAAUCACCUUUAUCCGAGCUAACUACAGGUCGAACUAUCGAUUCGGGGUACAAUAGUUUGUCGUUUGUACGACCGAUGGCUUCAAAUGGUGGCGUAAUGACUGUUGCUGGUACAACAGUUGAUGAGCGGCCAGUAGAGCCACUAUCGGGACAGAAGGAACAACGACUGGAGAAUAAUGUGCCCACGUCCCCGAUCGUUGCUGGUGACCCGUUAGCCAACACGGCCGAAGCGAAUCUAAUGCCACUGAACGAUACGGCAAGCGUACUUUCGGAAGCUGCCCAGCCUAACUGGCCUGACGAAAUGUCUACCGUGUGCGGAGGUGGAGGUGGUAUGAUGAGUUUAACGCUCGGCGAACAAAGUUUCAGCCAAGCGUUGGAGAAAAACAUUUCCAAACAGAGCAAAUCUAACCGACGCAAGCAGCAUAAGCUUGAAAUUCGCAUGCGCUACCUGUUGCAGAUCUUUUCCGAGGCAAACUGUUACGAAUUUGCGCUGCUGCUUUCCGUACUGUUGCUGGAUGUGGCCUCGGUAGGGAGAAUAACGAACGCGGCGAUUCGCUCGAAAUCGCUCGUAGUCUGCCGACAGCUACGCAACGGUCUGAAGGACAUGACACGCUGGAGUUUUAACGAGUGUCUCGCUUACCGGCCGUUUAUGAUUGCUUUGCAGCCACAGUUGGCGGUUUUGGACAAAUUUGUCAUCCAGCAGGAAUCGAUACCAUCGCUGAUGCAUACGACCACCGUAACUGGGGUGUCAGCCUUUUCGCCGUUACUGAUGGGAAGCAUGCACUCUUACCGUGACUCGGAUGCUUCUGCUACGGGUGCUGGGGGUGGUGGAAAUAAAUCCGUUAAUCAAACGCAAGGCGAUACUAGAGUUGGUGGUAAUUCCAGCAUUAACAGCAACAGUCAACGCAUGAGUUCGACGGGAACGUUGGGAAGUGUGCCGCUAGCAGCGAACAGUGCUGGUGGUACCAUCAGUGGAACGAGUCGUGGCAGCGUUCAGCGGGAUACGCUUGGCCAGAAGUACACAACGGCUCACACUUUCGCACGUUCAGUAUCGGAUUUGGAAGUGGCCAACAUUCGAAAAAUUGCGCAGGGCAAAUCGGCAACCGAUAGUCGUUCGGUUACAUCGACCACAAUCUCUGAGGAACCGGAACGAACGUGCAAUGUUAUGUAAAAUGUACUCAC